GCUGCACCCGCGCAUAAUAGCUACCGUCGUCGUGAAACAUCAUUGUUUCGAGGGAAAAUGCUGCAGUGCAUUAUUCUGACCCUACUGGGGGCGCUAGUCCUGACGGAGUGCACGGAGCUUCCUGAGGCCUGCAGACCUCGAGUCCCAGACUGUCCGGAGGAAAAUGAGGCUCAACCAGAUUGUCCCACCUGUUGCUGCACCUCCAGUUUAAACGUGGAAUUCUACGAUUCGACGUCUGAAGAGCCUGAGUGUACUGCACCGCCAGCCAUCUAUGAAGUCUCCUUUACCUACACCCUGACCGACGCCUGCUUCCCUGACUCCAAUGCUAGUACAGCAGGAUGGUCUCGACCAAGUGUAUUCUCUCACAACAGUGGCUUCAGACUGUGGGAUGCCUGCAUGGACAAUAUCAGAGAGGGAGUGGCUCUAUUCUCAACUACAGGGAACCUAGAUGGUGUUACUGGUGAAGGUGUUCUUGCAGCUCUGUCCGCAAAUACUGUUUUAGAUGGACCAAUAUUUGACGGAAGUGCAGUCGCAGAAGGUGCUGGUGGAACAUCCAUAAAUUAUAUCUAACAGUAGACAAGAACCAUCAGCUUGUGUCAACACUCACUAGGUUAACGUCAAGCCCUGAUCAAGUGGUGGGCGUGGCAGAUCUUCGUCUGUGUGAUGGAGACACGUGGAGGGAGAGUGUGAAGGUCUGUUUCGAGCUCUUCUCAACUGCUGCAGCCUCAGAGAGAGUGGCGUCUGAGAUGCAGAGGAACAGCGUGCAGGGAAGCAGCUGCAGCUUUGGCUACAUUGAGUUUAACCUUAUUGAGGUGAGCUUUUAGGAGAGAAACUUUGAAGACACUUGAAGACACUGUCCAAUUCCUGCAGAUGCAGUCUACAA